AUGCUUGAGAAAACUUUCUCAACGUUCCAUGCAUCAAACAUGCUCUUGUUGCAGCAGUACAGGGAACGUAAAUUUACAAAAUAUUCUGAAUUAAUAUCAUGUUUGUUGGUCGCGGAGCAAAACAACAAGCUCCUACUACAAAAUCAUCAAGCGCGACCCGUCGGUGCAAGCCCAUUGCCAGAAGCAAAUGCGGCAAAUUAUCAAAGCGGACGUGGGAGAGGUGGCGGUCGUGGUCGUGGUCGUGGCCGUGGCCGUGGACGGAGCAAUACAUGGCGACGAGAAACUCAAAAUUCAAAAUCUAGUAAGGGCGAAUCGAGUCGACAGAACACGGGACGACCUCCUAGAGGGAGAACUAGCGGGAGCCAAAACAAUAUAUGUUAUAAAUGUGGAAUGUCAAAUCAUUGGUCUCGCACAUGUCGCACCCCCAAACAUCUCGUUGAAGCUUAUCAACAGAUGAUGAAAGAAACAGGAAAAAAUGUUGAGACAAAUCUGAUUGAGAAUGCACCUAAUCUGUCAUCUCCUACACCACUAUCAGACACUCAUCUAGACGCAUCUGACUUCAUUGAAAAUUAG